AUGCCUCGGCGAUGCUGCUUCAGCCUUGUCAUCCCCUGGUUGUUGCUUUUCCUCCCUGACCAGACGCAAAGCUUUAGCGGACGACUGUAUGAUGCUCUCAGUCGGAGUGAUCUAUCCAUAGCUGACAUACCGGGGAAAGGGAGAGGAUUAGUCGCUCAGAGGCGAUUCCCACAGGGAAGCCAGGUCCUGCUCGAGGACCCCUUCGCGUAUGCCCUGUCCUCAAGAUUCGGCUCCCACGAGAACUUCUGCCACCAUUCGCUUGCUUCGCAAUCUCGAGUCAGACUCAAGCGAUGUGCAGGUUGCAGGUUUGCAAGGUAUGCCUCGGCAGAAGAUCAAAAAAAGGCUUGGAGCAAGCACAGAUUAGAAUGCAGGAGGAUCAAGGAGUGUAUCGAUCAUGGUUACAUGCCAUCCUCAUUUCUUCUGACGGUCGCCAGGAUGUUUGACGCAAAGAAGCAUCGAUUCAACUCCUCAACCGCCACGUGGGAAGACAUUCUGGAGUUAGACACUAACUAUGACACAUGGAGCACUGAUCUCCUCGCCUCCUUCGCACAGAUCACGUACGUCGUGAGAGACUUCAUGGCCGAUGGCGACGUCAACAACAUGUUCUGCCCCAAAGAGUGGAAUCUCGAGGCCGCCAGGCUUCUCGAUCAAACCUUCAAUGCUACUAAUGGUAUCGAAAACCCUCGAGAGAUUCUGAUGACUAUAUGCCGACUCUACAACUAUGGCUUCACGAUCUGCGAUGAAGAGGAGCGGCCAAUCGGAACAGGACUGUAUCCCCUCGCCUCCUUGUGCAAUCACGACUGCGCUCCCAACUGCCUUGUCACCUUCUGCGGUCCCUCAUUGCAGCUUCGAGCGACAGAAGAGAUCGAAAUGGGCCAGGUACAGAUGGCAAGGGUUGACUGGCGACUAAGGUCUGGCCUGCAGGAGAUCACCAUAAGCUACGUCGAUAGCGCUGAGCCGCAUUGGUUGCGACGAAAAACUUUGCACAAGAGGUACCUCAUCAAUUGCUCGUGCAGCUUGUGCUCCAACGAGACUGCCUCUCUUUCGCGUGAUUGUCUCCCUCGUGACGCACUUCUGGAUGAAGUCAAAUCAGCUCUUCGGCCUCUCUCAGAUGAAGUAUGGGAACGAGAAUUUGAGAUCGAGGAGAAUGCCAACGUUGAGGACAACUUUCCUCUCUCCAACUUGGCGAUCGACGGGACAGACCUCCAGGAAAGGGAAAUUACGAAAGAGGUCGAACGACCGGGAGAGGAACAGCUACAGGUUCUGUCUCAAGACGUUGAUUCCUCUUUUGCCAACAUCAGGAGAGAACCUGCAAAUGUGGAGAGACUGGGGAUACUGCAGACGAGAGCAGAGGAAGCAUAUACGCAGCUCUAUGGAAUGUUUGACCCUGAGGACAAAGAGCUUGAGCAGUGGAUGAGGGAGCAUGUGCCGCAGUACAGCGAAAUAGCAAAAGAGGUGGAGGAAAUGUCGGCCACCCCUCGGUUGCUCGACGUCUCGUCUCUCAACAGCUCACGCACAGAGCUGGAGGAAGUAAGAGCCUGCUGCGUGUGCGGGGGUGUGGUUGGCGCUUUGGAGCUCGAGCGAGAGGUGCAGGAGCUGGUUAUCCAGGUGGGGGCCAUCCGAAAACACAUGUGGCAGGAUGAGAACGAGCUGAUAGAUCUAAACAAAGAGAGAAGCUUGCAAGGAAAGUUGCAUGCCGCAAAGACCCAGCCUUCAGCUGACAGAGCAAACGAGUUGCUUCAGAUGUUCAUUCUUGCAGUCCAAAAGGCAGAGAGCAUUCUCCAUGAUAACAACCUCAGCCUCUUGCGCCUUCGUGAAGCCAUGCAAAGUCAAGCAGUAGAAGCGAAGAGCUGGAAGUUCGCCCUCUCAACAUCAUACAAGGUCCUUCGGAGACUCUACAAGAUUUAUCCGCGGUGCUCGCCCUAUGUCGGUCUGCAGGAGGCAUUCCUCGGCAAGCUGUGCAUGUUCCUGUCCGGCGAACCCGACAAGACGCUUUGCCAUGGGUUUGGCGAUCCCUUGCAGGAGGCGGUCAAGCAUCUUCGGGAAGCCAAGCUCAUUCUCUCUGGCACGCACGGAUCAGAGCAUGUCCUGGUUCAGGACAUCAAUCGCCUUCUCCAAGAGGCCCACUACGCUAACCAAGGCUUUGCAAGGCUGCAGUGA